GUAAGAUUCGGGCUUAUGUACUUGCUAUUGUUCAGCCCAAAACCUGAGCCAGAUCAAGGCUAGAUAGCCCCAUCGAUCGGCUUACAAUUUCUACGAUGAUCUUCCAAUGGAUUUUGUUAUGGAGACACAGCCUACCUCAGACAAACCACUAUGCUGCUUCUGGUGGUAUUGCGCGGGUACUGCCUAGUUGGCAGGGCAUAUAAUGUGGCGUACCCAUUCUGUUCUCGAACACAAUGUUGAGAUACGCAGAUAUAUAGCAUACUAGCAAAGCUGAACCCUGAUGAGUUCAUAGGACCUUGUUUCUUGUCUGAAUAUCCCAAAUCACUCAUCGAAUCGUCGGACACACUACCAAAGUCAUGGUGUCAUCUCACACAUCCGCUGCGAUAGCGCAGACAGUCUUCUAUACGCCGGCGGUCCCUGUCACAUUGUACAUCCUCGUUCGCAACUGGAAUCAUGGCCCAAAAAUGGCAUGGUAUCCUCUAUUUGCUUUCGCCUUGAUCCGAUUAGUGGGCGGGAUCAUUGUCAUUGUUCUUGGCUCUGACCCUAGGAGCUAUGACCUCAGUGUCGUCGCUGUGGUUCUGCUCAACGUUGGUCUCAUCCCGUUGAUAGUCUCCACACUGUUCCUAGUGCGCCUGGUCUUUAACUCCAGUCUGCCUUUCAAGAAAUGGGCGCAUACCAUUCUGAAAAUUCUUCGAAUCGAUAUUCUCAUUGCUAUUGCACUCUUGAUUACUGGUGGCAGUAUCCUUGGAAAUCCAGACAACGCUGCGGCUUCACGAGCAUGUGGUAUUGCGGGCUAUUUCAACCUUUUUGGCAUCAUCAUCGUUCUCGUUGGGUUGCUCGUAUACCUUAGGGUGCACAAGCGAGAGAUUUCAUCUACCGACCAUGUGUAUGCGUACUGGGUAUUCUUCUCCAUGCCGCCGCUGCUCCUGCGCGCCGUCUACGGCAUCCUCUACAGCGUCACCGCAAGCAGCGCGGACACGCUCACGACGAUCUGGAACCCCCUCUUCGGCUCGGCCACCGCGUUCGCCCUCAUGGCGCUGAUGCCGGAGUACCUGGUGCUGUGCGUGUACAUGUACCUCGGCUUCCACCGCAGACGCACGGCGGCUGGACCAGACGAGGCCCGCGCCGACAGGGCUUCAGACGAGCCUCUCACAUUUCCAACGCCGGAGGGGGAAUGAGGGCAAGGUGGUAGCUGCUGCUCGGGGGGCUCCCAGGCAUCUUUGCCCAUCACGGUCUUGAGGACAGCUGCUUGGGCUGACUAAGGAAACACCUGGUCAACAUUGCUGGUGGAAAUAGAUGUGGUAGGAGGAUUAGCUGAGGGUCGCAAUCCUCUUGCGACUUCUUGCUGUAACUCAUCCUUUUAGUACAACAUGACCAGUGUUUUUGCAUGCGUAGUGGUUUCAGACUGCCGUGACUUGCAUUGAUAAAGCAAUAUGGACUCUGCCUAGUCACGACCACGUUUUGCUGAAGAACAUUCAACUCUAGAAGAGAUUGUAGGGUUUUCGUUUAUAGAUUACGGAAAUACUUCCACGCCUAUAGUGUCCAAUCACAGGGAUAUGCAGUAAAGUCGUACCUAAAAAGAAA